UGGAAGGAAGUUGAAGAUUGAACAAAAAGAGAGGACAGCAAAGCACAUCGCAAGACAAAAAUAGUUGUAUAUAUUCUUCCCUUCACCUACGUUUACUUUAGCCUCACAAAUCUCUCUCACUUAUUUCGCCUCAAUAUUCUCCUUCUUCCUCUCUUCUCACUCUCUCUCUCUCUCAUUCCCCUGUUUUUCCCUCAUUCAACCACCAUUGUUACAACAAAAUAAGCUUCCUACUGGUACGUACGUUCAUACCCUUUUCUUUCUUUCAUUCUUAUCUUAUCUUUAUUAUCUUAAUCAUCAUUUCAAUGUACUUUCUUUCUCUUCUUCUUUUUUUCCCAGAUCUAUUUCUAUCUUCAAACCUAUUCUCUCUGUUUCCUCUGUUUUUCAUCUUUCUUUCUACCAUUUUUCGAUCUCAUAAUAUUUUCUUUUGGUGAGUUUUUCAUGUUUAUCUUACACCCUUUUCACCUUCUUAUAAUUAUACAAUCAAAACUCAAGUUGGGUUUCCAAGAUUAUUGAAAAAGAUCCUUUCUUUUUUAUACAUAAUGAGUUUCUCUGUUUCCUCUGUUUUCUGAAUUAUCACCACUUAAAUUGUUGCUUUUGUGUUUGGUUUAUUCAGUUAUUACUUAUUAUCCAUUUGUGGCAAUAGUUCUGAAUUCUGAACACAACACAGUAGAUCAGAAAGUUACUGAGAAAAAACAAAAAACAAAAAAAAAAAACUCAUGACAGAAACUUUUCGUACGUGUCAAGAAAUGUUGACAGUAACAUGAUAUACCCUUUUCCUUUUUUGUGUAUAAGAAAUUAAGAAUAUCGUACAACAUAGUGUAAGAUCCAUACUUUCAUAAUUGAUUAUGCUUUUUCUUUUCUUGAGUUUUUGAGUCAGUGAUGGGAGCUUGUAAUUGUUGGGACCCAUUAUCAUGUGAACAUAAUAAAUGCAAUGUAACAUCAAAUGUCAAAUACUAGUAGCUGGUUUUGUAGUAUUGUUGAAUUGUGAUUAUGUCGGUAGUAUAAUGAGAUUUCAUUUAUUUACCUUACUUUCUCACUUUCUCUCGCAUGUUGUUUUAAUGGUCGGUGUGCAGUUAUUGAUUAGCUGGAAUUAAUCAUUGAUCUACUUUUUUUUUCCUUUACUUAUUUAAUAUUUUCCUUAAAUUGGAUCUGUCAUUGGAGUUUGUGUCAUGUCUGUCACAUUGAUCUGGUUGGGGAACAGUGCUAGUUGUUUUCAGUAUUGUUAUGUGUGUGUGUGUGUUUUUGUUGCAAUUAAUUCACCUCCUUAGUUUUUGUUCUUUACUCCUUCAUUGGCACCUGUUCCUUUUGACACUGGUCUGAUCUGAAUAGUUAUUAGUAAAAUCUUAACCUUCUUAGAGGUUGUGCUGUGGUGGUCGAAGUUUUUAAGUCGCGAGUGUAGUUGCAUUGCGAUCUUUGAUAUUGAGUCGAAUUAAUUGCAGAUAGAUAGUGGAAUAAAAAUCUAGGAUCAUGAAGCAUAAAGAUGGAAAACCGAUCAACCAGCCGAAUAAGAACCGAUCUCUAACUGCGGCAAUCACUAUCAUUGUCCUUUGUGGUUUAUCAUUCUAUCUAGGUGGAGUGUUUAAAUCUGGAAAUAGUGGUGUUGAUGUCAUCAACACCAUUCAGAAAACACUUGAUUCUCCUAAACAAACCUCAGGUUCUUUGCAAAUUAGGCCCUUCAAUUUCCCUGAAUGCAGCAGUGAUUAUCAAGACUAUACUCCAUGCACAGAUCCAAAGAGAUGGAGAAAGUAUGGUACUUAUAGACUUACUUUAUUGGAACGCCAUUGCCCUCCGAUUUCCGAGAGGAAAGAAUGCUUAGUUCCUCCUCCACCUGGUUACAAGCCUCCAAUCAGAUGGCCAAAGAGUAGAGAUGAAUGUUGGUACAGGAAUGUGCCAUAUGAUUGGAUUAACAAGCAGAAGUCUAAUCAGCAUUGGUUAAGAAAGGAAGGAGAGAAAUUUCUGUUUCCUGGUGGAGGUACCAUGUUCCCUAAUGGUGUCGGUGAAUAUGUUGAUUUAAUGCAAGAUCUGAUCCCAGGAAUUAAAGAUGGGACAGUUAGAACUGCAAUUGAUACUGGUUGUGGGGUUGCUAGUUGGGGUGGUGACUUGUUGGAUCGCGGCGUUCUAACAAUCUCUCUUGCACCAAGAGAUAACCAUGAAGCUCAAGUUCAAUUUGCUUUGGAGCGCGGUAUCCCGGCUAUUCUUGGUGUCAUCUCUACACAAAGACUUCCUUUCCCAUCAAACUCAUUUGACAUGGCUCAUUGCUCUAGAUGCCUUAUCCCAUGGACAGAAUUUGGUGGAAUUUAUCUCCAAGAAAUUCACCGAAUUCUUCGUCCGGGAGGAUUUUGGGUUUUAUCCGGUCCACCAGUGAACUACGAGCGAAGGUGGCGCGGAUGGAACACAACAGUGGAAGAGCAAAAAUCAGAUUAUGAUAAGCUACAAGAUUUGCUCACAUCAAUGUGCUUCAAAUUGUUCAACAAAAAAGAUGACAUUUAUGUAUGGCAAAAGGCCAAAGAUAAUGCUUGCUAUGAUAAGCUUGCUAGAGAAACCUAUCCUCCAAAAUGUGACGACAGUCUUGAACCAGAUUCAGGAUGGUACACUCCACUUCGCGCUUGCUUCGUUGUUCCAAACGAAAAGUACAAGAAAUCAGGCCUCACGUACAUGCCGAAAUGGCCUCAAAGGUUGAAUGUUGCACCUGAAAGGAUUUCGAUUGUUCAAGGUUCUAGUACUAGUAGUUUUAGCCAUGAUAACAGUAAGUGGAAAAAGCGAGUUCACCAUUACAAGAAGUUAUUGCCUGAUCUUGGAACAGAAAAGGUCAGAAAUGUGAUGGACAUGAAUACAGCUUAUGGAGGUUUUGCAGCUUCAUUGAUUAAUGAUCCUUUGUGGGUUAUGAAUGUUGUUUCAUCUUACAGUCCUAAUACACUUCCUGUAGUUUUCGAUCGUGGCCUUAUCGGUACCUUCCACGACUGGUGUGAAGCUUUUUCAACAUAUCCUAGAACCUAUGACUUACUUCAUGCCGAUGGACUCUUUACUGCUGAAAGUCACAGAUGUGAUAUGAAGUAUGUGUUGUUGGAAAUGGACCGGAUUUUGCGACCAGGAGGCCACACUAUAAUUCGAGAGUCUAGCUAUUUUGCGGACGCCAUUGUAACCAUUGCGAAGGGUAUGAGAUGGAUAUGUCACAAAGAAAACACCGAGUAUGGUGUUGAGAAAGAGAAGAUAGUGGUAUGCCAGAAAAAGUUGUGGCAGCCAUCCAACUCAGGAUCAAGAUGACAAACUCAUGAACCUGUGUUUGUGGUGAGAAAGUAGUGGCUUAUCUAGAAGUCGUAAUUCCAGAAGUAGAGAAGCAAAGGGAAACGAAUUCGGAGUCACUCGUAUAACAAAAGAUUGAUUCAUUCUAUUAUACAUGCCAAGAAUCAGUCAAGUUCAAGUUUUCAUCAAAUGAAGAAACUAGUAACUCAAUAAUUCUGAUUUUGUUAAGUUAUAUAUAGAAAAUUUUCUUAUAGAUAAUUUAUUCUUUGUUUGAGAUUAAAUGUAUCAGGUGUACCACUCUUGUUUAUCUUUUUUUUUUUUUGUUGUUGUGUAAUAUUUUUACUUCCAAGUGAAUUCAUGUGAACAAAUGAAAACUUCAAAUUCAACAGAAAGCGUAUAAUAUGAUAUGCAAUGUACACAUUAAUUUA